GGGAGGGGCAUAGUAAAGUUGAUGAGUGUAAGAAUAGGGGACAGGAGCAGGGCCGGACAGAGAGAAGGUGAUGAGACAAUAGAGAAGAGACACGUCCUGGCCAGAUGGGCACAGAACCCAAAGGCUGGCCCUUAAGCGGUGAAAUAAUAAGUAUAAAAGGAAAGGAUGGGCCGAAUCUUCCUGGAUCACAUCGGGGGCACCCGCCUGUUCUCCUGCGCCAACUGUGAUACGAUUCUGACCAACCGCUCGGAGCUGAUCUCCACCCGCUUUACAGGGGCCACAGGGAGAGCAUUUCUGUUCAACAAGGUGGUCAACCUCCAAUACAGCGAAGUCCAGGACCGGGUCAUGCUCACCGGGCGUCACAUGGUCCGAGACGUCAGCUGUAAGAACUGCAACAGUAAACUGGGCUGGAUCUAUGAGUUUGCAACGGAGGACAGUCAGCGCUACAAGGAAGGUCGGGUGAUCCUGGAGAGGGCGCUGGUACGUGAGAGCGAAGGCUUCGAAGAGCAUGUGCCAUCCGACAACUCCUGAAACACCCCUCUGCUCUCAAUGGAACGAUCCAGCUCCAACCCAUCCUCUAUACAUACAUACACUGUUACCUUAGCCUCAGAGAUGCCUCCUGCCCUAGCAGAAAAAUCUGAAAGGGAUCACUUUGUUUCAAUUUCCUUCCCCCUCCCCCAUUUGAAAAUAGUAAAAUCUGCCUUUUUAUGUGUCGACCACUUCAUUUAAAGGGGAAGUAAAGAUGGUGUUUUUUUUCCCCAUAGUCUUUUUUUUUUUUUUUUUGCAGCAUUUUCCUUUGUAGAAGUGACUUCCCCCCUCUCCCAUGAUUUCUCUAGCCAAUCUCUGUACAGAUGCCCUAAAGGUUCAGUGUCGGACCGGCUUGCGUUGGCCCAGAUUUCAUUUACUUGCCGCGGGGGUUUAGUCGGGCGUCAGAUCAUUUUUGUGUUUCCAUUUUUUUUCUGACCCAAAGAUACCACCGCAUUGAGAUCUCGUCAUGUUUAUAGUGUGUUGCAGGUGAUGUGGAUUAAACACAACAAAAAAAGUAAAUAAAUAAAUGAAAAAAUAUAUAUAUUUUGAAAUGCAAGAAAAGUAUUUUAUGUAAAGGAUCUAGUGCAUAACAUUAGUACAAUAAAGGAAUAAGUUCAGCUA